AUUACUACCACAGACAUCAUCAUCAAUAUCACAUUCAUCAAAUAAUUCAUCAAUGAGACGAAUAUUCAAUAAAAUGACACGCACGGUAGCCAAACAUUUUCUUGAAGAUGAACGUGAUAGGAAAUAUUAUGCCGAUAUGUAUUCUUGUAUGCCACCACCGUUUUUCAUUUUGACCAUCACUUUAGUUGAGCUUAUUUUUUUCGCCUAUUAUGCUAUCGUGAAUCAAGUUGAAGUGACCACUUCGGGUCCAAUACCCGCUGAUUCGAUAUUCAUAUAUCGUCCGGAUAGAAAGAAUGAAGUGUGGAGAUUUUUUCUAUACAUGGUGCUACAUGCUGGAUGGCUACAUUUGAUUUUCAAUUUACUCGUUCAAUUAUUGGUUGGUUUACCAUUAGAAAUGGUUCAUGGAUCCGUAAGAAUCGGUGUCGUAUAUAUGGCCGGUGUAUUGGCUGGAUCAUUAGCUACUUCAGUGUUUGAUCCGAAUUGCUUUCUGGUUGGUGCUUCAGGAGGUGUUUACGCAUUACUUGCUGCACAUUUAUCGAAUGUAUUGCUCAACUAUAAUCACUUGGAAAUGGGAUUAUUACGUGUGAUAGGCGUAUUUCUAAUUGCAUCCGUUGAUGUUAGCAUUGCCAUCUAUCAUCGUUAUGCAACGCCUGAUCUACAGCAAGGAUCCAUUUCUUAUGUCGCACAUUUAGCCGGCGCUCUAGCUGGACUUACGAUCGGUUUGCUAGUGUUGAAGAAUUUUGAACAAAAACUUCAUGAACAGCUUCUAUGGUGGAUGGCAUUGGGCGUCUAUACAGCCUGUAUCGUUCUGGCAUUAUUAUUCAACAUUUUGAAUUGACACCUGUUCGCACCUGACAUGUAUGUUUUUUUCAACACUCAAAACUAGUCCAUUUGUGAUUGAUAAAAUGGUAAGUAAUUUAUCGUAAAAUUAAAUUUUAUUAUAAUUUAAAUAAUUUUCAUUUUUUUAAGAAAUUUUUCAAAAUACAGGCAAUGGUGGACAUUUUUGACCAGGACUUGGAUUAGUCAAACAUUCAUGAUAGCCAUUUAAUGGACCACUGAUGCAGCAUUCUUCUGGAUUAUUCUUAUCGACAUGUUUACAAUCACCAUGAUCACCACAGAAUCGAUGCAUCUCACCAAAAGCCAUUGCGAGCACUGCAAAUAAUAGGAAUAAAACUUGGAAGAUUUUCAUUUUGUUUUCAAUGUGU